AAAAACACUAAGCUCAGUCAGCUUCACUUCCAUAGUCUUCUUUUCUAGGGUUUUAAGGUUUCCGCACAGUUUCACGAAUCUUCAACUAGGACACGUAUCAUCAUGACUACCGAAGAGAAAGAGAUCCUCGCCGCCAAACUGGAAGAGCAGAAGAUCGAUCUUGAUAAGCCUGAAGUUGAGGACGUUGAUGACAACGAUGAGGAUAACUCCGAAGACGAUGAUAAUGAUGAUGAUGCAGAGGGACAAGAGGGAGGCAAGUCAAAACAAAGCAGAAGUGAGAAGAAGAGUCGCAAAGCCAUGCUCAAGCUUGGGAUGAAACCUAUCACUGGUGUCAGCCGUGUCACCGUCAAGAAGAGCAAGAACAUCAUGUUUGUCAUAUCAAAACCUGAUGUGUUCAAGAGCCCUGCAUCGGACACGUACGUGAUCUUUGGAGAGGCAAAGAUCGAGGACUUGAGCUCUCAGCUCCAGUCCCAGGCUGCGGAGCAGUUCAAGGCUCCUGAUAUCAGCAACGUGGUCUCGCAGGGUGAAUCUUCCUCGAGUGCUGCUGCGGUGGUGCAAGAUGAUGAUGAGGAGAUUGACGAGGAGGGUGUUGACUCAAAGGACAUCGAGUUGGUGAUGACCCAAGCAGGAGUUCCUAGGCCAAGGGCCGUGAAGGCGCUUAAGGCUGCUGAUGGGGAUAUUGUCUCUGCCAUCAUGGAACUUACCACCUAAAACCAAAAUCGUUUCAACUUAAUGUGCGUGUGUCAGAGUGAUUCAGAAAUUUUUGUUUUUCUUGUUUCCUUGAAAGUGAUUUUCAAUGUUGUAUCAGUAAAAAACCUCAUAGAUUAUUGAAUUUCAGUUUGAUUUGGUUUUGAAUA